UUUCUAACUCCUAAAACCAUCUUAACGAUAAUAAUAAGAGAUAUGCCACAGAUAAAGAAAGAAGAAGGGACCGAUUUUAUUAUUAUCUCAAUGCCCCUCUUCUUUCCUAUUUUUUUUCUAGAAAGCAGCCCCCAAACUCAAACAUCAUUUUCUCAAGCACGCGAGAAGCAGGCUGUUGAUUCACAAUCCAAAUUUCAAGCAGGAGAAGCAAUAUACUGGGGACCGAAAUAUGUUAUUUUAUUAGAGUACCUGGGGGGGGAAGCCGGAUAUCUGGGUAUAUGGUUACUCUUUUUCUCCUUCUACCUACAUAUCUUUAUCGAUAAUAAGUCUUGGGAUUUAAGGGAUAGAUCGGAAUGGUAAGAUGUCCUACUGAAUACGAAAGUACAUAACACAGAAGUUCAAGAACAUUAACCGC